AUUUUGCAUUUAAAUUUCACGCGGUUUUAUUUUGAAAAGUUCAGGAACCGGCAAACUAAAGUGUCCCCAUGUGCCCAUGUUGUGAAAGAAAACCCUGGUCAGUAUUGGGUAGUUGAGGUUCUUGGAGAUUUCAGGUGUGAAACUUCAGCAAGGCAAUCGAAAGUAAAUCGGAUGGCUUCUGGAGAUAUUGAUCAGCUUACAGAGGCUCUGGCCAAGACUCAUGUAGGGGAAGAGCUCAGCUACAAGGGUCAAGGACUGAAGCUGAAUGAUAAACAGUCAGUGGAAGAGAUAGCACAAGCGAUAGAACAGUUCCAGGGUUUGAAGGCAUUGCGGCUUGAAGGAAAUACUCUUGGUGUUGAAGCAGCGCAGGCUAUUUCAAAGGCUCUUGAGUCCAAAAAGGAUCUGCAGCGAUGCUACUGGAGUGACAUGUUUACGGGUCGCCUUCGCUCUGAAAUUCCAUCUGCCUUGAAAUCACUGGGCAGUGCCUUGAUGAUCUCUGGGGCCAAGCUUACUGAACUGGACUUGAGUGACAAUGCGUUUGGACCAGAUGGUGUAAAGGGCAUUGAGGCCCUCCUCAAGAGUGCUGUGUGCUACACUCUACAGGAACUCAGGCUGAAUAAUUGUGGCAUGGGCAUUGGAGGAGGCACAAUCCUGGCCUCUGCACUGACUGAAUGCUACAAGCAAUCAAGUGCUGCCGGCUCACCUCUAAAGCUAAAAGUCUUUGUAGCAGGACGUAAUCGACUUGAGAAUGAUGGCGCCACUGCACUUUCCCAAGCAUUUCAGUUAAUUGGAAGCCUUGAGGAGAUUCACAUGCCACAGAAUGGUAUCAACCACCCAGGCAUCACAGAUUUGGCCACUGCAGUGCAACACAAUCCCAAUCUGCGUGUGAUUAACCUCAAUGACAAUACCUUUACCAAGAAGGGUGCGGUAGCCAUGGCCCAGGCCCUCAGGCACUUGUGCAAUGUACAGGUUAUUAAUUUUGGAGACUGUCUGGUGCGCUCUGAAGGUGCCAUUGCUAUAACAGCAGCACUAAGAGGACUGCCUGAUCUUAAGGAGCUGAACCUGUCAUUUGGAGAGAUUUCAGAAGCUGCAGCUCUGGUUGUUGCCCGGGCUAUACGGGACAAAGCUGAACUGGACAAACUAGACCUCAAUGGAAACUGCCUGGGGGAAGAUGGUUGUGAAGCUCUGAAAGAGGCCAUGGAAAGUAUGGGCAUGGGGGAUGUGCUUUGUUCACUCAGUGAUGAUGAAGGGGAAGAGGACGAGGAUGAUGAUGAUGAUGAGGAAGAUGGUGAAGAUGAGGAUACAGAGGAAAAGGUGGAAGAUGAGCAGAACUGUAUCAAUGGGCUAAAAGAUGAAGGAAGCCCAAGAAAGGUGCCAUUAGGCAGUGCUGAGUUCUUGUCCUUCUUUCAGUCUCCAACUUCAGAGAACCUUCUUAACCUUGGUGCCAAGAGAGUUCAGCUCUUUGAGCAACAAGUGGAUUUCUCAGAUGCUGCUAAAAUUGCAGACAUUUUUCUUCAGCUAUCUUCAGUGUAUAAAGAAGACGCAGAUGUGAAGCAAGUUGUUUUUGAGAUUGCUGAUGCCCUGUUGAAGAAGGCGCUUUCCAACCCUCAGUUUCAGACCUAUAGUUUUACCUGUUCACUGUUGGUGAAAGCGGGGCUUUUAAAGGGUGAGAAGAAGGCCAAGAAAGUUUGUGUCUUGCCUGGUCACCUACUUACUCUGAAGCACUGUGUUGAGCAAGAAUACUUCCCUGUGGACCAGGCCAAUGUUCUAGAGGUCUUUGUGUCUCGAAAUGGCAAAGUUUUGGCGUCAUGUUCCAGUGCUAGAGAUGACCUUAAAGCCACACUGGAGAAAAGGAUCUCUGCCUAGGACCUUGUUUUUGUCACUGAGAACUCCUAAUACAGGACAAACAUAUGGGCCAAUGAGGGGACCACUAAUGCUUCUAAGGACUUGAUCUAUUAUUGUCUGUAUCCACCCAAGUCAUCAGUUCUCUUAAUUGGAGCAUAGUUUGACCAUAGUGAAGCAAGUCCUUGGAAAUGUAUAAAGUACAUUGCAAACCACUGCCUUAUUACAAACAAAUUGUAAGUUAAAUUAAAUAUAUAAACUUGAUUGGCUUUGAAAAGAAGUGUGACUCUACUGAGGUUUUACUUUCAUUCACAGAUUCAGUCUUGGCUACCUGAAUAACAGCCCAAUUGCUGUUAAAGAGCUUUUUAAACAUGACGAUAUUUGAAGAUGAAUUGUCACGGAUAUUCCUAUAUUAUGCACAAACACUUGCUCUUUGGCCAGUGCCAGACUGAAUCUGAAGAAUGGAACAAACAUGAAAAUGCUAAUUAGUUUUUUCCUCCAGGAGAAAAUAACUGUUAUGACUUUUUUUUUUAGUAUUGACCUAUUUUCAUAAAUAAAAACAAAAACGUCAUAAAAAAAGUAUUGGGUGAGAGCUUUGUAGUAAAAUAAAUAAAUAACAAAUCUAGCUCAUGUAGGAAGUGUAAUUUCAGAGGUGCGAUAAACACCUUUACACUGAUUUAUUUGGCAAGAGGUGUCAAAUUUAGUAUGAAGUGAUGUCUGUAGAAUUGGUGUUAAAUCUUUAGGGCAGCUAGUACAAGGGAACAGAAUCAAAUAUGAAAAACGUACCUCAAUACAGUUUGAAUCUCAUAUUUCUGGCUGUAUGAUUAUUAUACUCAGUGUGCUUUUAUUGUUUUUGUAUUCACAUUAAACUGAUGACUUUUGAGAAAA